AUGGAGAGAAACUGUUACAUGUCUUGGAAUGUACGUGGUACACGUAGUUUAGUUAAUAGGCAGCAUAUAGCAAAAAUUAACUCACUGGCCCGCCCGGUAUUGUGUUGUCUCCAGGAAACCAAAUGUGCUAAAUGGAGUGAGUCAAUGAUUAGGCAACUUGGAAUGGGAAAGGAGGUUGGUUGGGUAGAAGUUUCCUCUCGAGGUCUCUCUGGCGGACUUCUCACUGUUUGGUCUAAGGAUCAUAUCUCCAUCUCAGAUAUAAUCUUUUCACAAAACUGGAUCCUCGUUCAAGGCCUUAAUACCACUUCAAACUCGCAAUUUGCAUGCCUGAACAUAUACGCUCCGCAAAGUGCAAAAAUGAAGCAACUGCUGUGGGAGGAACUGGGGACACUUUUACUUUCCUUGUGUGACCUACAGGUAUGUCUUCUUGGUGAUUUCAAUGUAGUGCGCCAGAGUAAUGAGAAGCUUAAUUUCCAGUUCAUUGGUGCAAUAGCUAAAGCUUUUAACUCCUUCAUCUCCCGCGCUGGACUACUGGAAAUUCCACUUGUAAACACUACCUUCACCUGGUUUGGUCCCAAUCAAAAAAAAGGAAGGCUUGAUCGUGCAUUGGUUUCAACUGCAUGGUAUGAAAAAGGAGGGUGGGUGUUGCAAACCUAUCACAGAGGACUCUCUGAUCAUUAA